AUGGCUGAGUCAGACAAGACUUCUAUCAGCUCCCUAGACAAGCAGGCCAAGGAUGUCGUGAUCUCCGAGAAAUACGGCAGCGAGACCUCGUCCACCACAGACAAUGAGAGCGUCUACGGCGGCUUGGCCGCAAAGCUCAAUAUCCCCGCCGACUGGCCUCCGCUCGCGACCCACGCUCCCAAGCAGUACUUCUUCUGGAGCAGGCGAAAAGCGAGCGACCCGGACCUCGACGCAGUGGCCACGCAGCCCUCGGUCUUUGACGAUCCGGAAAAGGCGCCGCUGCACCAGCCGAUUCCAGAGUACGAGAGUCUUCACCGGGUUGAUCCGAAAGCGCGGUGGACGUGGCGCGAGGAGCGGGCGAUUGUUCGCAAGGUCGACUUUCGGAUUAUGCUGUGGUGCGCUAUCAUGUUCAUGGCGUUGCAGUUGGAUCGCGGCAAUAUCUCGCAGGCGGUGUCGGAUAAUAUGCUCGAGGACCUUGGGUUCAAUACCAAUGUCUACAACAACGGAAAUGUUAUAUUCAAGGUGUGCUUCUUGAUCUGCGAGGUUCCUUCUCAGUUAGUGAGUAAGAAACUCGGUCCCGACGUUUGGAUUCCGAUCCAGAUGAUUUCGUGGAGUAUUGUCGCUCUUUCUCAAUACUGGAUUAAAGACGAGGCCGGAUUCUACAUCACCCGAGGUCUAUUGGGUGCCUGGGAAGGCGGCUUUAUCGCCGACAUCUGCCUGUACCUGUCCUACUUCUACACCUCGAUCGAGCUCCCCGUUCGUCUCGCGUACUUCUGGUGCGCCCUGACAGUCUCGCAGAUCGUCGCCGCGUUCCUCGCCUUUGGCAUCCUGCACAUGCGCGGCGUCAACGGCGUCGAGGGCUGGCGCUGGAUGUUCCUGAUCGAAGGAUGCCUGACCGUCUGUGUCGGCAUUGUCUCGUUUGUCCUGAUGCCGCCGUCGCCUACCAAGACCGCGUCCUGGUUCCGCGGUAAGAACGGCUGGUUUACCGAGCGCGAGGAGACAAUCAUCGUCAACCGCGUCCUUCGCGACGACCCGUCAAAGGGAGACAUGCACAACCGCCAGGCGCUCGACUGGUCGAUGCUGAAAAAGUCUUUGCUUGACUACGACCUCUGGCCGAUUUAUAUCAUCGGCUUGGUGUUUGACAUGACAACUUCCACAGUGGACACGUACCUCACGCUCACCCUGCGCUCGAUCGGAUUCGACACCUUCCAGACAAACCUCAUGGUCCUACCCAAACAGUUCCUCCACCUCUUCACCUUACUCGGCGUCACCUACCUCUCGCAAGUGACCGACCAACGCAGCUUAAUGGGCCUCGGCGCCCAGAUCUGGGCCCUCAUCUUCCUCAUCCCGCUCCGGACAUUCACCUCCUCCACCGGCCGCUGGACAAAAUACGUCAUCACGACCCUCCUCCUCAGCUCGCCCUACACGCACGCAAUCCAAGUCGGCUGGACGUCGCGCAACUCCAACUCUGUCCGCACGCGCACGCUCUCGGCCGCGAUGUACAACAUGUUUGUCCAGCUCAGCGGCAUCAUCUCGUCCUACAUCUACCGCGACGACGACAAGCCGCUGUAUAACCGCGGCAACACGAGCUUGAUCGGGAUCGCGGUCAUGAACAUGGCUGUGUUUGUGCUCGUCAAGGCGUACUACGUGCACCGGAACCGGCAGCGCGAGCGCGUGUGGAGUGCGAUGAGCUUUGAGGAGAGGGAGGAGUAUUUGAGGACUACGAAGGAUACCGGUAAUAAGCGACUAGAUUUCAGAUUUGCGCAUUAG